AUGGUCUCGUUAGCGGACAGGGUAGCACUUGACCAGGAUGCGCAGACGGGUCUUAAACGAAGCAGGCAAGAGAAGCAUCUGAAAAUUAUCAUCAACAAUCUGCACAGGAUUCUACAGAGGCAGCAGCUGAAAUACGGAAUCUUUGUCAUAGAACUGUCGCUACCCACCACGUUCAACAUAGGAGUCCUCAUGAACAUGGGGUUCUUAUUGGCAAACAAUAUCAGCGAAUAUGAUUGCUUUGUCUUCCAUGACGUCGACCUUAUUCCUCUAGAUGACAGAAUUGCAUACCAUUGCGACGUGUCUCCUAAGCACAUGUCCGCCUUCAACACGAAAUACGCGAAGGUGAAUAUUGCCAAGGCUCUUCCUUAUUCCGCCUAUGUGGGCGGGGUUAUCAGCUUACGGGGCGUGGAUUAUAAGAAACUGAACGGGUUUAGUAACGCCUACUUCGGAUGGGGAGGAACGGAUGAUGACAUUGAAAUUAGAGCUAAGGCAGCGAUGAUACCAUUUAAAAGGGAGAACCAGAACAUCGGCAGAUACUACGCCCUUCCCCAUCAAAGAGAUAAGAUGAGCUCCAAGUACGCUGCAAACAAUAAACAUGUUGCUACUGAAACUCAGAUUCUUUAA